GCUGAGCCGCCGCCCGCGCCGCGAGCCGAGCGGCCGCCGGGCGCGCCCGCAGCGCGGGAGGAUGGGCUGCGGCGGGAGCCGGGCCGAUGCCAUCGAGCCCCGCUACUACGAGAGCUGGACCCGGGAGACCGAAUCCACCUGGCUCACCUACACCGACUCGGACGCGCCGCCCAGCAACGCCGCCCCGGACAGCGGCCCCGAGGCGGGCGGCCUGCACGCGGGCGCGCUGGAAGAGGCACUGUCCUCCAGUGGUGUGCCGCGAUCUACAGCCCCAGGCGGAUUAUCCAACCCAGAGAAGAAGAUGAGCUGUGGGACCCAGUGCCCGAAUCCCCAGAGCCUCGGCUCGGGCCCUCUGACCCAGAAGCAGAAUGGCCUUCGGACCACGGAGACUAAAAGAGAUGCUAAGCGAAUGUCUGCGAAAGAAGUCACCAUUAACGUUACCGACAGCAUCCGACAGGUGGACAGAAGUAGUAGAAUCACGAAGAAAUAGAAGCGUUCUUCUAGUUGAAGAGUGUUGAACUAGAAGGGCAGAUGGACUUCUUUGGUGCCCUUCACAUACUGGAUCCCGUCAUGGAAUCUUGAAGAAGUGGGUGCCCCUUGCUGAACGUGAGCACUGCUGAGUGCCUUGAGAGACUGUCUCCCCUGGCAGCCAACUGCUUCCUGAGCUGUUGGGACACUCUCAGCCUCCUAUUUAUCACAUAAAUGUAUUGGCACAGUACUCACGAAUAGUAAUCAACUGCACGUGUGCAGUUCAGCUUGCCUUUUUGCAGCUCCUGCAAUAAGGUCUGGUGUAAAAAUGGUGAGCCAAAGCCACAGGCCAGUUUAUGAAACACAGAGAAGUAAGAGGGGUGGGUUGAUUCCCUGGGUGAAAGAUUCACACGUUGGUUCUAAGGUCCCCUGGCCACAGUAGUGUGCACUGUCUCAGGCAAGCUUAUUCUUGCAUUCUUUCUUUUUGAAUACCACCAUCACAAAGCUUACCAUGUUCACUUAAAAGGUGGCUUUCACCCAACUCUAAACCUAGAUAUAUGAGAAAUCAAGAAACAGGAAAAGUCUUUGUUAUUCUUGUUUCUUGAGCUCAGUAUGAGACAGAUUCAGAUGCAGUUUCACACAAACUAACCCUGCCAACACCCACAGCGUGUCUUUGGGAGGUCUCUGUGAUGCAGUCACACCCACUUCUCCUCUGUCUUCAAUGUCCCCCCAUGCUGGUCUCCAUGUCAGCCUCUGAACCACAAUAUCACAGUCGUUGUGGUCAAUGCAUCCAACCUAGGACGCCUCAGAUGCAUUUUUCAUAGCUUUCAAGCCCCCUUUGCUUAUGUUCUUGAGUGUUUUCUCUCCCCAGUUGGGUCACUUGUAAUUGUUAAUCAAAGACUGGACACUGCUCACAAGAGGGAGAUAAUCCAGAAUAUGUUGGCAGUUUCCUUUUGCACAGCACAUGGCUUCCUUCGGCCUCUCUGUACAUAGCCCCAGGACUGUGUCAUUUUGGUAUCUGCAAAGGAAUCACUUUAGAAAGCCAAUACCUGGUUGAGGCACAUUCACAUUGACAUUGGAUUGGUAUGCACUGUGUUAGAAAUCAGGUAGCUGAUGCAGUAGAAAAAAGUUUUGUUAGGAAUAAAAUUUUCUAGCAUUUUUUUAAACAUGUUAAGGUGGAAGUAUUUUCCUCCAAAGUAAUGUAGCAUGAUUUUUAAAGGACUGUUAACAUGCCUGGGAUUGGGGAAGGUAGGACUUGAAGUUGUACCAAACGAUACCAAUAAACUCCAUGUUAGCAGAAAUAGGCAGCCUGAUGAUGUGUGUUGAUAUCACAGAGUCCAGAGAAUUGACAUGAGAGAGUAAAAUUCAGAUGCUUGGCCUCCUUACCUGCCAACUCUGUUAUUCCUCAAACACAGGUGGGCAGUGUCCUUCCUUUCCUUCCUUCCUUCCAUCCUACUUUCCUUCCUUCCUUCCUUUGGUAGAUUGUAUAUUUAUUCAAUAACGUUAAAUGCCAACUGUGUGUCAGGAACCAUGCAGAUGCUGAGAGAUUUGGAGUCUGGCCCGUCACGAUUGUACAUCCAGAAUCUAACAGUGGACUUAAUAACUAGGAGACUGACUUAGAUGCUAAGGUAUAGUGUGGUUGUGAAUUGCUCUGCAGUGUAAUCUCACUUUUAUAUCCAGGACAGGUUUCUGUCUGAAACUCCGGAUCUGGAUGUUUUCCUAAUCAUUGUACAAGACUUUACCAUACACAAAACUAUAGUUUUCCCAAACCUCUAUCAUUUUGUGAUUCUUUGAAAAAGGGCUUUUAGGGAACUUCAUGUUCUAAAAAAAUUUUUUUAAUAAUAAAAUAAAAUAAAAGCAACACCUGUGACUCCUGUGUCCCCACUGGCAUUACUCAACAGGAGCCCCCAGCUGCCAAAGGUUGGCGUUGAUGCUGCAAGUUCAAGGGCUCACUCUUGGGGCACGUGCGAUGUGUUUUGGUAGGGUGUUCCUUCUCCAGUCGCUGUGCUGUCAGCCAUGGGCUAAGCCUAGUUUCUCUUUAUAACUUUGUUUUUGCAUCACUUAACUGCUGCCUGUUGUUUGGAAUUUAUCAACUUGGGAGCAUGUCUCUGUUUAAUAUAGAAACAGUUUCUCACUUCUGGGGGAGAAGGGAAUGAAGGACAUAUAUGAUCUUCCCCUCUCCAGAACAAUCUGGAUUUCUCCAAGACAGUGACCAGAAGUUAAACCAUGUUACUGGAAAUUGAUCUGGCAAUUUUUUCAUGCAUAUAUGAUACAGGAACUGAUUCUUACUAUCCUAUUAGCAUAACACUUUCUAUUGCAAAGUUCGUGUCAAUAAAG